AUGGGCCGAAAAGCGAGACACUCAUCACGUACGGGUGAUGGCGGUGCAGAGAUUCGUUUGCAAAAGAAGAAGCUACAGGAGGCAAAGAAAGAUCAGAAAGAAGCAGAACUGACGUUUUAUGAUGAUCCAUCUGAACAUGAAAGUGACAAUGAGCAAGUCGAGUCCGAGGACGAUGAAUUAGCAGGUGAAGAGGUGUUGGAACUUGGUGGAGAUGCGGAGGAAGAGGAUGAGGAUGAGGAAGAGGAUGUUGAUGAUGGUGAUGAUGGCAACAUGUAUGAUGCUAAUAGUGAGCGCAAGAAGGUGAUGCAGAUGGAGGGCAAGUGGGGCAAGUCCCGCAAGACGUUUUAUUCUGCCGAUACGGCCGAUUACGAGCUGGAAUCUGAUGAAGAAGCUGCAAAAGAUGAGGAGGAAGCUGCUCUUGAACUACAACGUAAGCAGGCAGAGAUGAUGGACGACGAGGAUUUUGAAAUUGAUGCACCUGAAGCCGAUGGAGAUGACGAGGAGGGAGAGGAGGAAAACGAGGUGAUGCCUGUGGAUGAUGAAGAAACAAUUGGCAAACAAUUGGCGGAUAUUGCCACGCUUGCUGAUAAUGGCAAAGGAGGUGCUGAGAGCAUAGAGCAAGUGCCAAGAGACUUUUCUAAAAUGUCCAAGAAAGACAAGUUACAGAUUGUCAAUCAGUCGGCUCCAGAGUUGUUAGGUUUGAUGUCGGAGCUGGAAUUAACAACAAAGGAGCUAGAGGAGGUAGUCUCGCCGGCCGUACACAAGCUGCGACCAGUGCGACGGAAGUCACGGCAAAUGCAGAUGGGUCUGCGCUACUUGAUGACAAGACAGAACCUGUUACUGAACUAUUCGGCGAAUAUCUCAUUCUACUUGCUGCUGCGUGCAGAAGGCAAGAGUGUGUCCGAUCACCCAGUGCUGAUGCACUUGUUGCUACUCAAAAAGCAUUUGAACAAACUCCAGUCCAUUGAUGAAGUGUUGAACGAUCAGUUGCAGGAUCUGCUAACAAAGGAGCUACCGGCUGAGCGGGAGUCAAAGGUCAACGACGGCCUUGAAAAGUUUUUUGCCAAGCCAGAACGCAAACGAUGCGCUGAAAGCGGGAAGGUGUCAGUUACGAAGGCGAAGAAACAGAAGAAGUCGGCAAAUGUAUCAGCUCAAGAACUGGCCGAGGCGGAGCGUUUUUACGAGCAGACCGUCCGCGACCAAUCGGUACUAAAGAAGGCCAAAAAGGACCUCUACACGCACGAAAAUCCUGCAGCUCUUGCUACCAGUGACGAAAACAGCAGCGAGGAGGGCGAGACCGGCAAGCGUGGCGCGUCAUACCAGAUCAUGAAGAACAAGGGACUAAAGGCUCACAAGAGCAAGCUCAAUCGCAACCCGCGUGUCAAGAAGCGCAUGCAGUACCGCAAAGCUAUCAUCAGGAGAAAGGGUCAAGUGCGUGACGUGCGCGUGGGCGAAGCCGGCAAGUACGGAGGCGAGACUACGGGUAUCAAGUCGAACCUUACACGCAGUCGCAAGAUUCGCAACUAA